AUAAAUACAGUAGUGAAGCAGUGACACAGAGAGAGAAAGACUGAGACAGAGAGAGAGAGGCUGAGUGAAACAGACAGUGUGAUGGAAAACCAAAAGUGGAUGAGUGUGUUUAGAAUGAGAGCAGAAAAUCUUCAGGACCAGUGGACCCUUUACAUGGAUGACUCCAUCCAACCACAAAGACCAGACCCGGGUUUCUAUGAGUACAUAAAAGGAUCAUAUGCUCAGUUUCGUUGUUCUGGGUGUGGCCGUUCAUGGCCCUCUAAGCGAGUGCUGGUGGUGUUUCAUUUCUCGAGUGACGUGGCCAGUGGGCAUGGCUCUGUUAAGGCACGCCGCUGUAAGCAGGAGUGUCGCCGCUGCAGUCAUCCCAGGAAGGAGAUGCCAACAUUUAGUCAAGAGAACAUUGAUGUGAUGGUGGAGAAACUAAUAGAGAAAAUUCAAAUCCGGUGCUAUGGACAGAACGCUGGACAAUCAAACCGAGUUUUAAACUUUAGUGGUAAUGUGAACGGGCCACACGAAAGUGGACACUGUGAGGCCUGUAAGCUGGGAAUCUGCCAACAGGGCACAUGAACCACACAGCUGCCCCAGCUGGGUGUCAGUGAUACCGUACUGUACCACUGACAGGGUAAUGCACUGGAACCUCCAAACACCCCCAAAUUACCCUCCAACCCCCUCAGAUGCACACAUGCUUGUUUUAUUUUAAGACUACAUUAUGUUAAUUUAAUCAAGGAUACGCUUAAUAAAUACUAAUGUAACACAAAUGUACAAAUAUUUAUUGUUGUUGGAUAGAAUAAAGAAAUAAUGAAAGUGUGUGCUUA